AUGGGAUGCCGUACCGCAAGAGGUGAGAGACUUUUAUUGGGAGGAAUUCCAGAAACAUUUCAUAUGGGACGAGGCCAUUACGGCAUUACGGCUAUGCUGAAAGUAGCCUGGGAGAAGAUAUGCGCCGAUCGAUACGCUGACUUCACCUAUAGGAUGAGAAGAAGCGGUAAGAAACAACGGUGCGUGUCUCAGGAGAUAUGGGAGAGCUGGCAAAAGGCUUGGGAGGAUCCUGCAUUCAAGAGAAAGCGGGAGAUGUUUGCACAAAACAGGCGCAGUGAGACUGGCGGGGAUGGAGCAGGACCUUCGCGACACACAGGCGGAUCUAUAUCUGCUAUAGAGACAGCUCGAUUAUUAGCUAAAGAAUUAGGUCGUGAGCCCACACCGAUACACCGAUGGAGGUGUUUUACAUACACAUCACACGAAGGACCGAUCGUAAUACCUUUGUCGACAGACGUGCGCUUGAGCGUCAAUGAGAAACUAUCACUAACAGCUCGGAGUCGUAUUGUUUACUUUCUCAGACCGAUGAAUCCGAAGCUGAGUCCAAGACACUAUGACGAGGCUUCAGGGCUUUAA